GGAAAAAAGCUGAGCACAGGUUCUUAACCAUGUGCUUUCCCAGGGCAGAGGGUGGCCCCUCCCCAGUCAGGGCCUAGCAGAGACUGACUUUUGACCCCCCCAUACCAGAGACCAGUGAACCAUUAACUCCUAUAUGAACCUUCCCACACUUGCCCCACCCCCAACUCCACCCCAAAGCAGCUGGGAAGGGAGAGCCUAUCCAUUCCAGUCCUGUGCAGGACGUGGCUUCCCUUGCACCUGAAGGCUCAACUCCUGACUCAGGAAUCUUCUAAGGGCCACAGUGAGGUCUUCCAGGGACCUGCGGUGACAGCUCUCACAUUGCCAGUAGGGGACACAAUCCUCAGGAUGUUCCAAAGGAAAUAGAAGUCAGAACCAGAGGCCCUGACCCAUACUCCAGCGAUGGGGCCCCCAGGGCGCUGUCUGUUGGCUGGCCUGUGCGUGGGGGUGGUCCUGGGCUGGGUAAGAGGCUCAGUCCCCAGCCUGGGUCCAGCUGAACAGGAACAGAACCACUACCUGGCCCAGCUGUUCGGCCUGUACGGAGAGAACGGGACACUCACUGCAGGGGGCCUGGCCCGGCUUCUCCACAGCCUAGGGCUGGGCCGGGUUCAGGGGCUUCGCCUGGGACACCAUGAGCCUCCAACGGGACGGGCUGCACCCCCAAGUGGCGACAAUUUCACACACAGACCCACAGCUACCCACCCUAGCCUCUCCCAUAAACGACAGCUCUCAGACACCCCUGGGACUGACUGGCUGUGGCUGUCCCUCCUCCACCAGACUCAGGGCAGGUGUCUGGGAACGCCCCAGGAACCGGAGCUGAGUGUGAAUGUCUGGGCAGGAAUGCCUCUGGGUCCUUCAGGCUGGGACCUGGAGGAGUCAAAGGCCCCCAACAUGCCCCAUGAGCCAGGGUCCUUGGGCCUAGACCUCUUUCACAGACUUCUGCUGCUGGACCAUUCGUUGGCUGACCAUCUGAAUGAAGAUUGUCUCAACGGUUCCCAGCUGCUGGUCAAUUUUGGCCUAAACCCUGUCGCUCCUCUGACCCCUCGUCAAUUUACUCUGCUGUGCCCAGCCCUGCUUUACCAGAUUGACAGUCGUGUUUGCAUCAAAGCCCCUGUUCCAGCACCUCAAGGAGACGUACUGUCUGCCCUGCUUCAUAGUGCCCUGGCAGUCCUGUUGCUCAGCCUACCUGCUCCCCUUUCCCUGCUGCUGCUGCGGCUCCUGGGACCUCGUGUGUUGCGGCCGGUGCUAGGCUUCCUGGGGGCCCUGGCCGUGGGCACCCUUUGUGGGGAUGCAUUGCUACACUUGCUGCCACACGCACGAGGAGGGCAACAUACAGGACCUAGCGAGCAACCAGAGGAGGAUCUGGGUCCGGGGCUCUCCGUGCUUGGUGGCCUCUUCCUGCUCUUCGUGCUUGAGAACAUGCUAGGACUUGUGCGGCACAGAAGCCUCAGGCCAAGAUGCUGCAGAAACAAAAGGGAUCUUGGAGAACCAAACCCUGACCCAGAGGACGGCAGUGGAAUGGUCCUUCGACCCCUACGGGCAACUUCAGAGCCAGAGGUUCAGGGCCAGAGGGAGAACAGCCAGUCCCCACUAGCUCCAGCUGCUCCUAGGCACCGAGGCCACAGUCAUGAGCAGCAGGGUGGCAGCAGCACGAGUAUCACAUGGAUGGUUCUCCUGGGAGACAGCCUGCACAACUUCACUGAUGGGCUCGCACUAGGCGCUGCCUUCUCUGACGGCUUCUCCAGCGGCCUCAGCACCACCCUGGCGGUCUUCUGCCAUGAGCUGCCCCACGAGCUGGGCGACUUUGCGAUGCUGCUUCAGGCAGGGUUGUCCUUUCAGAAGCUGCUGCUGCUAACCCUUGUAUCUGGAGUCCUGGGGCUGGGGGGUGCAGCCCUCGGGGUGGGGCUCAGCUUGGGCCCUGCUCCCCUCACUCCCUGGGUGUUUGGGGUCACAGCUGGGGUCUUCCUCUAUGUGGCCCUUGUGGACAUGCUACCCGUCCUGCUGCGUCCUCCCGAGCCCCUGCCCGUGCUGCACGUGUUCCUGCAGGGGCUGGGGCUGCUGCUGGGGGGCAGCCUCAUGCUGACUAUAGCCCUGCUGGAGGAGCAGCUGCUGCCCGGGGCUCCUGAUGGCUGAUGGGGCAAGUGGCAAAGGAUCAAGACUGCCCUCCUCCCCCAACCACAGGAACGGAGGCGGGACACAGGGCCAGUAGGAGCAAUAGGACUUUAAUAAACAGAACCCGUCCCAAA